ACACAUGACUUACAUCUUGUCCAGGCGGUAUUAUAUCGAGCAUUCACAAGGUUACCACACGUGCAGGGUGCUCCUGAGACAGGUGCGUCAAGGUGUGGGGGAUGUCCAGAACAGACAUGUGGAUCACGGCGUUUCUUCUACUUCUACCCACCAUCACUGUGGCGGAAUCAGAGAAGAUCGAAGAGUUCAAGUUUCUGCAUGUGAUAACGGACAUACGGUACCGCUUCGCAAAGACAUUGGUCACAGGUGGAAUCUCCAACACAGCAGACAGCUCCACCGAAGUCGCUGUUGAUGUGAAGCUGCCAAACUCGGCAUUCAUCAGCGGCUUCUUCUUUAAAUCCAAUGGUCUGCAGUACAACAGCUCAAUCCUCGAAAAGGAAACAGCGGAAAAGCAGUAUAAAACAUCAACAGCACAGGGCAAAGCUGCCGGACACGUGAGCAAGAGUGUCCAUGAGACGAACAAGUUCAGGUUAAUCGUCAAUGUUCCUGGGAAAGCCUACCUAACCUUCAACCUGACGUAUGAGGAGGUGUUACAACGACGUGACGGUGUCUACACACACUCCAUCUACAUCGACCCUGGUCAGCCUGUUCCGGACAUGAAGAUCGACGUCGCUAUACAGGACACACGUGACAUCACAACACUCAAAGUCCCGCCAAUAUCUGGCAACAGCAUAACGGAUGUAGACAUCACGGAAAACAACAACAUGGCUGUCAUACAGAGACCCACCCCCAACUCAGCCUACAUUCGCUUCCACCCGACCCUGGAACAGCAGUUGACUCGGUGGGCAGAAGGAAUCUCUGGGGUCUUCUCGGUGAUGUAUGAUGUGGACAGGGGCUUUGAUGCUGGCGAUCUCCUGGUCUCGAAUGGCUAUUUCAUUCACUUUUUUGCUCCCGCCGUUCCUAACCCCAUCCCCAAAGACAUCCUGUUUAUCCUGGACACGAGCACAUCUAUGUACAACGGGAAGAUGGACCAACUCAAGGCCGCCAUGAAGGUCAUCCUCAGAGAUCUCAGAGCAGACGACAAGUUUAACAUCAUCUCAUUCAGCUCUCGAGUCCGAUACUGGCAGUCGGACAUGGCGGAAGCAAAAGAUGCCGAACUUGCUGUCAAGCAUAUUGAUUCACUCAAAUCUGCAGGCUGGACGAAUAUCAAGGAGUCUCUUGUAUCCGGCCUGGAAUAUCUGAGCGAAAGACAGAGGUCAUCUGAGGGAGCUCUCAUUAUAUUUCUUACUGAUGGAAGAGCAACUUUAGGAGAGCAUGCACCCAACACCAUCUUGCAGAAUGUGAGAUCAGCCAACAAGAAGGACAUCCCUUUGUACACGCUGGCGUUUGGCAAGGAUGCCGACUGGGAUCUCGUCAAGAAGCUGGCGCUCCAGAACUUUGGCAUUACGAGAAGGAUCUACACAGAUGGUGAUCCAGCCAGGCAGAUUCAGAGCUUCUACCACCAGGUGUCCUCAGUCAUGCUUCACGGUGUCACUUUCCGGUACAGUGACGCCAUUACCACCGGAACACAACGGAACUUUACAAAUUUCUUUGAAGGAUCAGAGCUUAUUGUAACUGGCGUCCUUGAAUCUCCAACAUACUCACUGACAACAAACAUAACAGGAACGUCUGUCAGUGGGCCUGUAAACCUGAAACUCUCUAGCCCAAACGUGGAUCUGAAGUCGCAGUUUGAGGCCCUAACACCCUUGUAUGACGACUCCAAUAUGGAGGGUAUGCUCCGGAGAAUGUAUGUAUACCUGUACAUCCGGGACCUCCUGGCACAGAGGGUUGGCGAGAUGGACAGGAACAGAAGAGAAGUCCUGAAACAGGAAGUUCUUAAAUUGUCUCUGGAGUAUCGGUUCGUGACAACUCUGACGUCGUUAGUUGUAAGUCAGGGUCAUCCAUACCCGCGAACAACUUUGCCUGAUCUCGUCUUGGAUGAAGAUCUGUACUCUUUCAAGGAAGUCGUGUUACCCACCCCUGAACCAAAGAGAUACUACAGCUACUACAGGCCCAAGUACAACCGCAGAGGUGGAGGUGGUUGGGAUCCUCACUUCAUGGUGUUCCUGGAAGGACUCACGUACCCCAUCUGUUUUGAGGUGCAAGGAGAAGAGAAGGAGAUCUACCAACUGAUGCAUGACCCACAGACAGAUUUGACAGUAAAUGCACGGAUAGGCAAAGGUAAGAUGCUCAAUCUACAGGGCGAGUAUGUAACGUACAUGGUGGAGGUUGCGGUUCUAUUCAAUGACCUUCACCUUCUGCUAACCUGUAGCAACAUCACCCUGGAGGAGGACAGCUAUUCCUGGGACAAUGACUUUAACAAAACCGUCCCUGGAGUUCGGCUCUUCACAAAGCAAGACACAGGGCGCAUCACCAAACUAUCUGUGGUUUUUGACAGUGGGUUGCAGAUCGACAUCGUGAGACAUUUACACCAGGCCUCAAACACUUUAGGGCGAGACUUCCUUAACAUCGAGCUUGGAAAUGAACAACUUCUGUCUGAAGAGUCAGACGGCAUCAUUGGGCAAUUCAUCCACAAGAAAAUCCGGCUUCACAAAAUCACCUUCUGGAAAGGACAUCUGGUGGGGCACCUGCGGAGUCGGUCUGUCCAUGGACGCCAUGAAGGGAAGGGAUACAUCAAACACAGACGGGACCCCGUGUGGAACGAAACUGUCUCCUGCUGGUGGCUGGGCGAGAAGGGCAAGGAACUGUUUAACGCCCCUCCGGAGUACUACGUCGUUGACGACAUGUAUCGGACAACGUUGUAUUGAAUAGAUGUUUGUCCACUGUAUUGUCAAUACGGACGUUAGUAACACUUAUAGACAUGUCAUUGCUUGUUUCUUUACUCCCCUCAUGAUUAAUCUAAACAUAUUAUACCUCUCAGCUAUUUGUCCAGUGUAUCGACAAUAUACAAGUUGUUGCAUGUUCCUUGCCAAGUAUCCUGAUUACUCAAACAAUUUACGCCUGUGCCCUAACCGCAUACAACAUAGUCGACGUGAUUAUCCCGGAUGACCCAAGCUGCUAGAGGAUUAAUGGUCAUAUAUCCCACCUGGUACCCAUUCACUACUGGGUGAACAGAGGCAAGCUCACUUGCUUAGGUUGAGACCACAUGUCACGUGUGCAUCGUUGUGGGGCAGGUCUGAAGUCCUUGCAAUCCCCAGGAGUAAACUGUCAAAUGCAGUCACACAUCCAAGGACCAUCUUCAACUGAUUUGUUACCUGGGCUUUAUCCAGAAGACCACUGACGAAAUCAAAAUACACGGUAUUGAAUAAACGUUGAAUUCGGAUACCAGGUCUUGGUCGCCAAAUGACGAUAACUCUCAGUAGGGGGACUACAGUUUUGAAAUGUACUCACAUGUAAUAUAUAUAUAAUGUAAUAUUAAUAUUUAUCCAUUUUGUACGAUUAUUAAUAAACCACUAAAGUGAG